CGGGCACUGGUUGAAAGGAGUCACCCCGCAGGUUGGAAGCCUUUUUUCUUGAAGAUCAUCUAGAGAGAAAGAGCCAAGAUGUACACCUGUUCUUACCUGGUCACCUUACUUCUCAACAUCGCCAUGUUGUGUCAAGGUGCCAACAUCUUUAGACUACAGCAUGGUCACAGUAUGGAGGAAGUGUCGUCAUACCCAACGGACGCCUUCACCUCGGCCACGCCCACCGUGUCGCACUGGGCCUGGCAACGGGAGCUGGUGGCCGCUGUCGGCUCCACCGUCCUGCUGAACUGCACCGCGCGGGACGGGCUCGCACCAGCGGGUGCCUCCUGGCAGCACAACGGGAGGAAGCUCGCCUCCUCCCGCCGGGACUCUCCUGCAGCCCCCGGUGCACAGCUCCGGCUCGAGGACGUGAGAGUGGAGGACUCCGGUACCUACUUGUGUCUUGUCGACGGCAGGGUGCAGACACAAGUCGUCCUCAAGAUCGGACGAAAACCGCAGCUGCCGAAGAUCGUGGACUGCAUCUCUAAGAACGCGGACACGUUCCGCUGCUGGUGGACUGUGGAAGACUCAGACUUGGAGACGCACUACAGACUCUUCUACACCUUCAACGAUGGAAAGCGGAUCCGGCACGAGUGCCCGGAGUACGAGGGUGUGGACAGCUGCUUCUUCGGGUACGACCACGCCUACCUGCACACUCGCUACCGGUUCGAGGUACGGGCCACCAACGCGCUCGGCAGCGCCACCUCGCGGCCCUACUAUGUAGAUCCAACCACGGAAAGAGUGAAACCUGACCCGCCUCGUCACGUGCACACCCGUCUCCGCCAUAAUGACGGGACAAAGGUCAAGGUCAGCUGGAGGUCACCAACAGACAUAAUGUAUCUGAGCAUACAGUACGAGCUGCAGUACAGAUCAGAGAACGACCAGCCUGACGAUUGGACGGUCCAGAAAACCGGCGAGCAGACCAACUUCCUCCUCCUGGGCCUGGAGCCCAACACCAGACACUUUCUGCGCGUGCGCUGUAAACCCGUCCUGCUGGGGGGCUUCUGGAGCGAAUUCUCUGACGUCACAGAGGUCAUGACCGGCGAGUCACAUGACAGGCAUCGUCAUCAUCUGACGUAGAGUGGAGGACACACAGAAAAUAGAACUCUUGUAAAUAUUUAGAUAAGUGUGGAAAGAGCGACAAAAAAUUUGCCAACCCCGGGACGAGACCCUGCAUGCAUCUAAAAUCAAUUUCAAAAAAUGAAUUCAUUUAAACAUCUCAAAGAUGUUUUUCCCCCAAAUUUCUCCCACAUUGGAGUCAAAGCAAUUUGUAAACACACCUUGAACUGCUUCUUGAGAAGUAAACACAAACAAGCCCAGGUUUAGAUACACGUAUGUUUGGUUAACGUUUUACAAGCCUCUCGUUUUUACAACACACACACUGUAUCUACUGCCGCCAUUCUUUAUCAUUUUGGCUUUUAUUUGGAAACAUUUUUUGUAAUAAAGAUCUGUAACAAACCUUUUCAUCCAUUGUUUUGGGAACUUUGACACGUAUUCUUUAGACACUGCCAGGAAAUUGAGAGAGUCUUACAUGUUGGACUUUAGCAGCCCUGGUUAAAAGUGGCUAUCCGUGUAGUCUGUAAAUAUCAGCUUUCAAUGUUACACGUCAAUCUAGAUGUUGAUAGGAAUUUAGGCGUCCUUUCUUUCAACAAGUGUACCUCAGCAUUUUGAUAUGUUGUCCUUGUUUUCUUUUACUUUCAUGCAAAUUAUUUCAAGUUGAAAGGAAUGCACAUAGCAAGUACCUAUAUCUGCCUUGUAUGUACGAUUUUUGAAUGGGCAUAUAGGCUGCCAAUCCAUAUAUAUCCAAGUUGUCAAACCGUAUACGUAGCUAGCUGUAUGUAAAUAUUCUUUUGUGUAUUUCGUGUUGUAUGUUUCUAUCAUAGUUCAAUCGUAAGCCGACGUGGUUGGCUUGUAAGCCAUAGACACUUCCUGACUAAGACAUAGAGAGAGAUAGAGGGCGCAACGUAAA